ACCAGUUGGUAGGAGUGUUAAGGUGAGGGUGUGUUAAGCCAAGUGUUUUGGUAAAUCCGCUACUUCGAUGAGCGUCAAACGAGAGAAGGGCCUGGUACACAGUGCGCCCAGCGGACUAUGCCUUCUCCAACUCGGGAGGAAAGCAAAGGGGAGACCGGACAGGCAGAGCACGGAGCGACGGACAGCGGCGACAGGGAGAGAGGGACAGGCAACCGCCUCGCAUGCGCUUUGGAGAUGGAGAUGACAACCCACAGUCUGCACGGCGACUCCAAACUGGACAGUGUGAAUUGCGAUGGCUUGAUCAACCGAAACGGAGGAGACUCCGCAGAAGUGUCCGUGCCGCUGUCACUUCCCGGGAAGCGGACAGCUCACAUGGAGGGAGACGACCUCUACAGACUGCGAGACAGAAAGUUUUUAUUAGAGGAUAAAAAGCGACUUUGCGCAUUGGCUCUGGGGACUGCUCUGCUCGGGAUACUUCUCACAAUAAUCCACGCCGAGAUAUGUCCCCUCGUUUAUACACCGGGCUCAAACAUUGCCUUAUUCAUCAACUGUUCCAUCAGCCUCUCCACUGGGUGUCUCCUCAUCCUAAUCAUAGCUUUCCAUUAUAAGGACAUCAGGCUGUUUGUCAUUGACCACAACCAGGUGGACUGGCGUAUUGCCAUGACCAGCCAGAGGGUGCUUGUGAUCACUCUGGAGUUGUUGGUCUGCGUCAUCCAUCCUGUUGGCACAUACUGGGAGGUGGGCCUCCACACAAACUCCUCUUCCUCAGCUCCACUCUGUGUUUCCAUCCACCAUGGCAGGGCCCUGAUGGACAUGGAGCUGCUGUUAUCAGUCCUGAUGUUCCUCCGCUUGUACUUGGUGCACAGAGCCAUCCUGCUGCACAGCAAAGUGCUGCUGAGCGCCUCCUACAGGAGCAUCGGCUCGCUCAACAACAUCAACUUCACCUUUCGCUUUGUACUCAAGAUACUGAUGAACAAAUACCCAGCGCGCACCCUGCUGGCCUUCAUCCUCUUCUUCUGGCUCACUGCUUCCUGGAUGCUUACUCUGUGUGAGAGGCAGACCCAGGUUGCCACAAACACAGGCCAAAUGGACACGGCGAUGUGGCUCAUAGCCAUCACCUUCCUCACAGUGGGUUAUGGGGAUGUGGCGCCCCACACCAGCUGUGGAAAGGCAGUGUGUCUCUUCACUGGAGUCAUGCUGAAAAAAGGAAAACAGGGUGUAGCAUGCACUGCCAUGCUGGUGGCUGUUGUUACUAAGACGCUGGCGUUGAACAAAGGAGAGAAACAUGUGCACUUCUUCAUGCUGGACUUCCAGAUCUCUAAAAGGAUCCGCCACGCAGCUGCUAACGUGCUGAGGGAAUGCUGGCUUCUGCACCGCGCAAACCUGACAAAGGGCAACCGCGGUGAGCACCGAAGACACCAGAGAUGCCUUCUGGAAGCCAUCAGAGUAUUCCGGCAUUUACGCCUGAAACGAAAAAAGCUGAGGGAUUACGUCAGUGAGAUGGUGGACCUCCCGAAGAUGCAGAUGAUCAUGUGCGACCUCAGUGCCAAUUGGAAUAACUCGUACCGGGAGCUGGAGCAGCGGAUCCACUCCAUGGAGCAGAAGCUGGACGAGCUGAGUCGCUGCUUCCAGCAAACCUCAGAGAUGUUGUCUCAUGUCCUACGCCACCGCAACACAGAGAUCAGGUGACGUUUCAACAAACAAUUAUAUCGGAAGACAGUAUAUCGUCAUAUCAGUGUUUUCAUCUACAGUAUACAUGAAAGUGAGACAGUGACUCCUCUCCACCUGGAGCUGCUCCAGACUCUUAACUUACUGAACAACUUGGAAGACUACUUUCUAACCAUCUCAUCUUCUGGCCCUGAGCUGAGUGCACAGCACAAUGAGUCUGUACAAUUCUACAGAUUAAAAUAGGACUUCCAUUCACUGUGGGAGAAUCACAGUGCAUUUUUGUAUAUCUGUUGUUUUCAGCUGUUAUAUGUGUGACAGUGUACACAUAACUGAGUUAAUCUCAAACAAGGACUGUGGAGAGCCUUCACAGAGCCUGUUCUCUUAACUGCUAUUUGUAAAGUUUCAAUGAUAGACUCUGUCACUGCCUUAUUCCUGUGGAAUAAGAUACAUUUUAUUUUUUGUUAAUUUUAUUCUAAGUUUCUUGCAAUGUUUCACAGUGUAAGCCUAAUCAGUUUUGUAAAGAAAUCUCUGGCAGGUCCUCUUGUAUUAGCCGACAGUUUCAUGGUUACAUAUUGUUUGCAGGUUAUUAUAUUAUAAUCUCUUCCAAUCCGUAUUGUUCUGCUUUCUUCUAACCCCCUCAAAUGGUCUGUGAAUUAAAUGGUAUGCUCAAACAAGAGAAGAAACGUCAAUCAAGGAUUGUGGCAACUUUAUUUCAAUCUGAAAAUCAUUGGGCCUUAAACAGUAGUCCAUUCAAACUCUUGGAUGAAUGUGUAUGUGUUGUGUUGUAAUCAUCUGAUGCAGGAAAAACAUGCUCUGAGAGUGAGUUGCCUUCAGUACCCCACCAGCUCCAUCUAGUGGAUAUUAUUUCAAUAAACAUAGAUAAUACUGAGGACAGUUGACAUGAAGAUUAUAUAACAACCAUAAAAAAGGUCAAAUGCUAUUUUCAACCUGAAUACCAAGGCCUGUACAAUGUCUCACACAACAUGUGAAUUAUCUGCAGUGAAAACAAAUCAAGAGGACUCAGAAACUCACUGGUAAAUGUGAAACUUCAUGAAAAAAAUUAAAAUAGCAAAACUGGAUGAACUCUCUCUCCAGAGUAUAAACUGGAGUGUUUUCAUUUAACCCAAUACUGAACAAAGUGCAUUGUGGGUUAAUUUGUACUGGUGUAUGGUCAAAAUAACUUGUUUCUAACAUUGUUUACUAUGUAUCAUUUGCGGUGAAAAACAUGUUAACAACCAUCCAGGACAUGCUUAUAAAUAAAAGCCAUUACAAAUGUAUGUGAGUUUGCUUUGAUUUUGUCUUAAAAAGAUUUUGAUUCAACACUGUUGUUCUAAAGUGUUGUGCAGAAAGCUGGAAAGGAGUAAGUUAAUCAAAGCAAUGGAGGAACCAAGGAUGUGUCUGCUUCGUCAUUUCACCGGCUUCUUUAAUCGUUUCGCUUUUCUCCUGUUUUUAAUCUGGUGCCAUAUGUAAGCUGAAGGCCUAAAAAAGAGCUGUCCGCAGUCACAUGUAAAAGGCAGUCUGCACUUUUUCUUAACUUUACAUUUCCGAGUACGUCCAGAACGGUGACUCUUCUGAGACUUGCCCUUCAUGUGCUCAGCUAAGAGUUUGGCCCCUGUGAAAGUGUCCCCGCAGCCGACACAGAUGUAGCUCACGGUCUCCGCGUGCUGAACGCAGUGCCGCAGCAGGUGCAGCCGGUGCUUGAAGGCUCGGCCGCAGGGGCACCGGUGCGAGCGCGGGCCUCUGUGGAGGUAGCGGUGGCUGAUGAUGAAGGAGGGCUGCCGCAAGAUAACCCCACACUGCCUGCAGGGGUAGGAGGCCUUGGAGCGCCAGCCCUUGGUCAUACGUUUCUUCAAAGCUAUGUCCUGGCUGUUGUUCUUAAAAAGGCCCACAAUGGUGGUCGAUGGUGGGCUGACAGGAUGGGAAGCAGCAGUGGCACCCGAUGGGACAAACACAUGUGUAGACAGAGGUUUACCUGUGCUAGAGGAGGAGGUCAACAAAGAGGAAGGAAUAGCGUAGAGAAAACCAGCCCGGGUCUGUGCAUCACAGAAUUUCCCAUUCACCUGGUGGACAGCAUGUUGACUACUUAUGGCUUGCGUGCCACCUAGUGAAACCUUUUUAUCUGUCAACGCUGAUGCAUCGGUUAUAAUGCACACCUUGGUGCUGACCACUGAUGUGUGAAUUCUGGUGAUGUGGUUUAACAGACUCUCCUCAGAUCUAAAAAAGGUUUUGCAUAUCUUACACACUUGCGGCAUUGAAUCGACACAAAAGAGGAGUUGAUCCAAUUUGGUUCCCUUGGGACACUGGAAAUGCUGUAAGGAGUUCUCCAGGGGGAAAACCUGGGCACAGACUACACAGGAAUACAAAGGCAUGUGGUGUUCUUUAAGAUAAGCCUCACUUGUAAAAAGCUUCUUGCAAACUGUACACGGAUAUUGUACCUUUAUACCACUACAGUGCAGCAAAUGGAGCUUCAUUGAACGGUAUGGCCCUCUACCACAUGCCUCACACAUGGAUUUGGAGUCCAGACUAUGAGAAGAGCCACUAGAA